UGCAACUUUGUAAAAGAAGGAGGGAAGCCCGGGCGACUAUGUGGCUGUGGAUCAAUGUAUUCGGUUUUUGUGGAGUCCAAAGCUUUCAAAGGUCUGACAAGGGUUGCUCAACAUAAAUUGGUCACAGGUGUUCUCAAAAAUGAAAUACGAGAUAUGCACGGGCUUUCGAUAACAACCAAAUUGAUGGCAGCUUAUUUCUGA